AUGCCUCCUGGUAGACGGAAAAAGCCUGUCGCGAUCGCAUUACCUGCGAAAACUAUUACGCAUACUGCCAAACGCGUAAGACUCAAGAGCUCACUUACAUCCGCACGCGAAGAAGCCAUUCUUGCAGCUUCCUCUGAGAGUCACCAUUCUCCAGCCGAGUCAAUUUUGAUUGACACCGAAGAUGAGUCCAUGGACUCAGGGUCAGAAAAUGACUACCUCCCCGACCCGUUGCAUAUGCUCGAGCCUGCAACCUGGGCCCCAAAUUUACAAGCCACAAGAGUCUUGAAAAAGAAUUCUGGUACAGGCCUUUCCAGCUCUAUACAUGCCUCUUCUAAAAGUCAACCUAUUCAAACUCCGAAAGUAGAUACCAAAUCUACCCCAUCACCGACGCGUGAAUCAGCGCCUGUAAUACACCAACCCUCAGCGGCCACGACCAAUGACAUUGCCACAUCGUCAUUAGCAUGGCAAAACGCCGGUGCUCAACACCUUCGCGCUCUUCCACCAGCUAUUGCAGCUGAUCUAAAAGCUAUCGUGAAACGCAGCGCCGCCCGGGUCAUUGCCGGCUUGCCAGUCUUUGAGCAGUCAACAACUGUCACAAACUAA